UGUCAUUAAAGAAGCUCAUCAUUUGACCUACCUUCGUCACGAGCAGCUUGAACCAAUCGCUGUGGUCGUUGCUGAAAGGUGUUCGGAUUUAGCAGAGGUCCUCGUCAACAUGUCUUCAUCAGAGAACAGUACUGGCUCGAGUCAGGCAGCGUCUUAUCCAGUUGUACCCCCCGCAGCAAUACCUCCCCCAUAUAUGGGACCGCCGGGUAUGCCUCACUACCCUGCCAUGGGAAUUCCUCCUAUGGCCCAGCGACCACCCAGUAUGACCCCAUUGCCACCUGGUAUAAUGCCCCCUGGCAUUAUGCCACCUAUGGCUGCACCACCAAUGGGACAGAUGGCAGGCAUGAUGCCGCCCAUGAUGCCGGGGAUGAUGAUCCCACCUCGCAUCCCAGCUGCAUCUGUACAACCGACGGGGCCGCCAGGUGUUGACUCCACAGCUGCAGCGCCUGGAACAACCAGUACCGCCAACGGCUCGCCACAGGAGGAACAGCCAAAAAAGAAGUCGGUGUGGACAGAACACAAAUCACUAGAUAGGAAGACCUAUUAUUACAAUACGGAGACCAAGCAGUCCACAUGGGAGAAGCCGGAUGAACUCAAGUCUCCUGCAGAGCAAUUACUGUCCAAGUGUCCUUGGAAGGAGUACAAGUCCGACACUGGGAAGCCUUAUUAUUACAACUCUCAGACAAAAGAGUCCAGGUGGACCAAGCCCAAAGAGCUGGAGGAUCUGGAAGCUAUGAUCAAAGCAGAGGAGAAUGGAACAACAGAGACGGUGGUUCCUGGAACGACAGCAGCUCCUGCAGUUCAAGCUGAGACUACAGCCUCUAUGGCGACAGUGAUGGAGGUGGAAACUGCAGCAGCAACAGCAGCCGUCUCGGAGGAGCCGCCGUCCCAGGUGACAGUGAAUCAAACAGCUGAGGUCAAGGCUGUUGAUGCACCUGUGACGUCCUCGGAGAGCGCCGUCGUCACAGAAAGCACAGCCAGCGUUGAAGUCAAAGAAGAAGAACGGCCUGAACUUCAGAAGAAAACGUAUAAGUGGAACACAAAAGAAGAGGCCAAGCAGGCCUUCAAGGAGCUGCUGAAGGAGAAGGGCGUGGCAUCAAACUCCUCCUGGGAGCAGGCCAUGAAACUGAUAAUCAAUGAUCCUCGCUACAGCGCUCUUCCUAAGCUGAGUGAGAAGAAGCAAGCGUUCAAUGCCUACAAAGUCCAGACAGAGAAGGAGGAAAAGGAGGAGGCCCGGAUUAAAUACAAGGAAUCCAAGGAGACCUUCCAGAGAUUCCUGGAGAACAAUGAGAAGAUGACGUCUACAACCAGAUACAAAAAAGCGGAACAAAUGUUCUCUGAGCUUGAAGUGUGGAGUUGUGUUCCUGAGAGAGACCGGCUGGAAAUCUAUGAGGAUGUCUUGUUCUACCUGGCCAAAAAAGAGAAGGAGCAAGCCAAGCAGCUUAGGAAGAGGAACUGGGAGGCUCUGAAGAACAUUCUAGACAACAUGGCCAACGUCACAUACCGCACCACUUGGUCUGAGGCGCAGCAGUAUCUGCUGGACAACCCCACGUUUGCUGAGGAUGAAGAGCUGCAGAACAUGGACAAAGAAGAUGCCCUGAUCUGCUUUGAGGAGCACAUCCGCGCUCUGGAGAAAGAGGAGGAAGAGGAGAAACAAAAGACUCUUCUCAGAGAAAGACGACGACAGCGCAAGAACAGGGAGUCCUUCCAGAAAUUUCUGGAUGAGCUCCACGACCAUGGCCAGCUCCACUCCAUGUCUUCCUGGAUGGAGAUGUACCCGGCCUUGAGCUCCAACAUGCGAUUUGCCAGCAUGCUGGGCCAGCCUGGUUCCACUCCACUGGAUCUUUUUAAAUUCUAUGUGGAAGACUUGAAAGCUCGUUACCACGACGAAAAAAGAAUCAUCAAAGACAUCCUGAAGGAUAAAGGAUUCUCGGUAGAAGUCAACACCAGCUUUGAUGAUUUUGGAUCAGUGAUCAGUUCAGACAAAAGAGCCACCACUCUGGAUGCUGGAAACAUCAAGUUGGCCUUCAACAGUCUUCUGGAGAAGGCUGAAGCCAGAGAGAGGGAGCGAGAGAAAGAGGAAGCCCGCAAGAUGAAAAGAAAAGAAGCUGCUUUCAAGACCAUGCUGAAGCAGGCCACGCCGCCUCUGGAGCCGGAUGCAUCGUGGGAGGAAGUCAGAGAAAGAUUCCUGAAAGAGUCCGCCUUUGAGGAUGUGACGCUGGAGUCGGAGAGGAAGAGGAUUUUCAAAGAUUUCAUGCAUGUUCUGGAGCACGAGUGUCAGCAUCACCACUCCAAGACAAAGAAGCAUUCAAAGAAGUCCAAGAAGCACCACAGGAAACGAUCCCGCUCUCGAUCGGCUUCAGAGUCUGAGGAUGAGGAUUACCACAAGAAGAAGAAGAGGUCACAGUCAAAGUCUCCUUCAGAGCGCUCAUCGAGUGGAGAAUCUGAGCGAAGCUAUAAAAAAUCCAAGAAGCACAAGAAGAAGGGCAAGAAGAGGCGCCACAAGUCUGCAUCGCCGGAGUCUGACAGCGAGAAGAAAGGAAGAGACCGUGACGGGAAGCGUGAACGAGAUUCAGAGAAGGAUAAAGAGAACGACAAGUCUCGGUCUAAAUCUCGCACCGAGUCCAAACAGAAGUCUCCUAAAAGAAAAGCAGCCAAAGAGGAGGGCGGCUGGGAUACAUCAGGCAGUGAGCUGAGUGAAGGAGAGCUGGAGAAAAGGAGAAGAACUUUACUGGAACAGCUGGAUGCACCUUGAUGCUUCUCUUUUUGCUACUUGUACAUUUCAACUAAAGCAUUCCCUGCAUCUGACCGCGCUGUUCACUGAAGACGUCUCUCACUGGUUUUAAGGGGAAUGUGCUCAUGUACUGAUCUUACGCGCUCGGUUCGUCUCAUUUGAUAUCCGGAAGCUCCUCAUUUUAAGUAUUUCCUAUAGUCGGAUGUAGUUGUACGUUUCCCAUUGCUGAUUUUUUUUUUUUUAAUUAAAGGCAUAUCUUAAAGUCA